AUGGGCGACGUAGGCCGCCCUUUUCGGGCCAUUGCCCCUCGAAAUAACCCCGGCGAGGGGGGCGGCGGCCACCUACCUGGUGGAAGCAGUGGAGGGCCUCCCCCAGACGAUGGUCGAAUGAAAAGGGCUUCAACCGCCUGUAAAGAGUGUCAAAAACGACGAACAAGGUGUAGCGGGCAGCCCUGCUCCGAAUGUCAAGCUCACAAUCGAGAAUGCGUUUUCGACGAACUUUCCGACAGACGUCGGAAAGCCAACGCCAAGAAGACCAAAGAAGAGCUUACCAGUCUCCAAAAAUUCGUGGAAGACCUGCUGGGAGCUCUGAGGAGUAGUGACGGGGCUCUCGUGCAACAUAUUGUCAACACUAUUCGCGCAGGAGCAUCAGAAGACGAGAUUCGCGCCGUCGUCCGGCAAGCUCAGGCCCACGCGGCUCGCACCUCGAAUCCACACGACAUGGACCCUAAUAUCAUCAACGACCAUAUGAGCAACUUCUUUGAGCACCACUAA